CGAAUGUGAAGUCCAGUAAGUCUCUGAGCACCAAUCACACAGCAGGUGCACAGCAUGGACAUCCAUCUACUCAGUCCCACGGAAGCCCCACAAUAGCCUCAUGUGCUCAUGAGGCUACUGUCCCGUUUCACAGACUGGAAACCCCAGACCACGACAUUGCUCAAGGCCCUGUGGUUAUUAAUGGCAGAGGCUGGAUUCCCAUUCUGGGCCACCCAAUCCAGGGGUUACCGGCUGUCUCUGGAAGGAAACCAAGAGAAACUGCCCUCCUACCCUCCGUUGAUGUGGUUCACAUGGGGGGACCCCACGUGCCUGGCCAGUGGGGUGGCAGCAAACCAGACCAGCAGAGGCUUCCCAUCAGCACCCUGGGUGCUGGAAUGCGACAGGGGUCAAGCAUGUAAUCAAGCGGGGCCAUCUCUGGGAGCUCUGCUGGCGUGUCCGGAGAGGGGUACGUUUCUAAGGCAAGCGCUAAGUAUAGAGAUGCUGGAGGCCAUUUGCCGUGACCCUGGGGAUCCUGAUGGAGAACGAAGCCAUACACCAAGGGGAAGGAGACGACACCCGUCACCUGGCCACCUACCCCAGUGUUGUCCAGAGUCCAGAGGCACCACAGCUGUGAUGUCUGAAGCCAACGCUUCCCCACCUCACUUCUCAAACUCCAGCCCAUCCGCGCCGAGGCUCCUUCCCUCGCAAAGCACAGAGCAGGUGCGUGUGCUUAACCAGGCCAGCAGGUGCGGCCCCCGCUUGCCCGGACCCAGUCAGCCUCCCACACGCAGCCUCCCCGGUUCCUUAACCGUCGUCCUCACUCCGCAUCUUGCCCCUUCUUCUCCUCCUUUCAGCUCUGAUUCUCAACCCAGUUUAGACCGCUUUCCGGGAAUUACCCAGUUCAGCCUCCCCUCCGGGGCUGACUUCCAAAGUCCAUCCAGAUCCCUCACCCAGCGUCCCUUCUGGGCCAACAGGGCAGCACAGACAGGGGACCGCCCUCCCUUCAGCCGGAGGAGAUGCUCUUUCACGCUCCAUUAGUUCAUUCCAGCAUCUUAGAGCUGUCGCGACCCUGUUUUUACGUCUUCCACGUCCUCAGUACUGAACUGUUCCCCAUUUUUAAGUUUGUUUUGUUUCCUUUUUUCCCCUCUGAAUACACCGUCUCGGGUCAUUUCACAAGACACAGUCUCGGAUUACAGGGUCCUGAGGACACAGAAAGAUAUUUCUGUUUAACUUAUUUUGAGCAGCGUCUGGUCUGAUGAAGCAAGGGGUAUAAAUAGUGCAAGGCACCCACACUGAUUCUGGAGGUGGCGUCCCCAGCAGGCUCCCCUCUUCCUAGGGGACAGUCGUGAAGCCCUGGGGAUGGGAGGCAGUUGGGUGCCUGGGAGAGCUGUGGACCGUGGGGCCAGAGCAACUGUGCUCUGCCCCCGUGUCCGCCACUCCCCAGCCACGUGCUCUGAGCUCCUGUCUCCCAGCCCGCCUGUAACCUCACCCUCCAGCUGAGCGGAGCCAUUCGAGUCCCCAGCUCAGCACCCUAAAAUGAAAACGGUGGCCAUAAGAACAAACAUCAAAACCAAAACAACAACAACAAAAAAAGCUGCCAGCACUCCACUAAAGGAAGUUAUCCUCAUCAGAGAACGCUUUCCAGCAUUUACUCCAUGCCAGUGGUUAUCUCUGCAGAACCACAGCAUCUGGCUCGAGACCUCGGUCUGAGAGGGGUCCACCCCAAUGUCUGCUCCAGCCCCCCACUCUGCUGCCCU